AUGUCCGACUACAGCGCCGUCUUCCUCUACUCCAGCACUCUCGGCGCGCUGCCCCUCGAUAGCAACUUUGCCAGGGCCGCGCGACGAGAAAAACAGCACGCCCGGCGCCCCAAUUCGACGUCGGACGCUCUGCACUCUGUCCCAGCGCGACACUCGCGCAGCUCCAGCAGCCACUCGCAACUGUCCAGCUCCAGCUCCAGCGCCCUCGGCCCCGCCGCCAGCGCCUCCGUGGGGCCAGACAGCGCCAGUUUGCGGCUCAGUCCAGCAACCAGCGCCAACACCAAGAAGAGCACAAGCACCAGCGCCACCGGCUCAGCAGCUUCUGCUUCUGCUCCAGCCUCAACAAGCUCCAACCCUUUCUCUCCUCCUCCUCCUCUCCCCCAUACUCAAUCUCAUCCUCCUCCCCCGACCCCGACUCAGUCCAGUUCUACCGGCAGCAGGGCCUCCAGGACCUUCUCCCGCCUGCAUCGCGCCAGGCUCAGCGGCAGCGCUUCCACUGUCGUCGAUGCCGCCGGUAGAAAUGCAAACGUCCAGUCGCCGCCAGAACAGGACAACAACAAACAAAUGACGGGCUUUCCCACCAGCCGCGCCGAGUCUGUCUCGUCCGCCAGCGGCCACACGCCUGCCUCGUCGCGCACAAUCCUCUCGACCGACCCUUCGGCCACCGACGGCCUGCCCGCCUCGCGGCCCUUUGUCCAGCGCAAUGGCCGCACCUUUCUCAACGACCACACGCUCGUCUACCCCUUGCCCUCGGAUCUCACCGAGUUGCACAGGCAGGUCUUGCGAACGAUGCUGCUGAUCCAGGUGAUUGGCGCUCCCGUGCUGUCGCCGGACCUGAUCAAGAAGCCUCCUCAGCGCGUCCUGGAGAUUGGCUGCGGGUCGGGCUUCUGGAGCAACAUGUGCCACCAUUACUUCAAGAGCCGCGGUCAUGGCGGCCUGUCCUUCACCGGCAUCGACAUUGCGCCGCUGGCCCCCGACAACAGCUCCAGCACCUCGGAUGACGCCAUGAAGCCCAGCCCCGACAUGCAGUGGAAAUUUGUCCAGCACGACUUGCGCCAGAUGCCCUGGCCGACCCCUUCUGAGGAGUAUGACCUGGUCAUGGUCAAGGAUGUGAGCUAUGCCGUGACCAACAAGAUGAUGCAGCCCUUUAUCGAGGAAUGCGUUCGCAUGGUCAGACCGGGUGGAACGUUUGAGAUUUGGGAGUCGGAUCACGUCAUUCGAAGUCUGCGACCCCAUGUUCCCACAUCUACUGUUUCGGCAGAAGAUGCAGAGGAGCAGGCUGCCGCCGCCAGUCUCGGCGCCUAUGUCAUUAACCCGCAAACUCCCCUCUCAGUCCCUUCAAACAACUACAUUGCCGAAUACAACUCGUGGUUGACGAAAGCGCUGGAGAAGCUCGACAUCAACCCUCUUCCCUGCACCGUCAUUGGCCCAACCCUGCUGCAGGAAUACGAAACCUUGGGCGACGUGCGUUCCCGAAGAAUAGCCCUUCCCCUGAGCGAAUUCCGCUGGGAAAAGGAGGGCAUCGGCGGUGUCAUCACCACCGACAGCAAGCCCGAGUCCAAGGGCAAGGAGGCGUCGACACCAAAGUCGGACAAGAAGACGCUGACGGCGGGGCAGAUUGCGCUGCGUCAGACGGCUUUGCUAACUCAGGUGCAGGAGAUGCAAGCUCUCGAGCCCAUCUUGCGAGACGUCAGCGGGAAGAGCCAAGACGAGUUGGACAUGUGGCUGACCAAGAUGAUGAACGAUUUGAUGGACGAGAGCGGCACGUCUCUGGGAGAGUGUCUUGAAUUUGGGGCUUGGUAUGCGAAGAAGAAGAAGGUGGCUGCGUGA